UAUAAAAAUACUUAAGCGUGAUAUAUAAAUUUAUUUUAUUUGAAAAUGACUUUACAAUUUGACCUAUGGUCUACCCGAUCCAGCCAGUUUUUGCUUUUGCUUUUGCGUUUAUUUUAAGAUCCGUUCGUUGAUCAAACAUUUGUACAAAGCUGAAAGCCCGAGACGCAUUCCCGAUUCCGAAACGAACCUCGUCAUUUUUCAUCGCACCGCCAAUCUCUUCAUCGUAGACGUCAAUAACCUAAGGCCUAUGGCGGCACCCUCUUUUGUGUUUUAAUAUCAUGCCUGUGAAACCAAACUUAUUUUGAGUUUUGGCACUGCUCAAGACUGCUUCAUAGGAUGGCACACCCAACCAAUUUGUUGAAACUAAAACUCUCGACUGUAUGAUACCAUCUCAAUGCUUCCUUGCUCUGGGGUUUUGCGAGCGCUAAGGCUGCAAAAAAUAAUUUCAUGUGGAGGAAGGAAAUAAGUUAUCAAGUUUGAGGACAACUUGACAUGUCAGCACUCUUCAACUUCCAUUCGUUUUUAACGGUAGUGCUGUUGGGGAUCUGCGCCUGCACUUAUUUGAAGAUGCAUUUUCCUGCUAUCUUUGAACAGAGAACUGGGUUUCGCGGUUUCUUUUGGAAGGCAGCCAGAAUAGGUGAGCGCUUGAGUCCAUGGGUGGCUGUUGGAUGCUUUACCAUGGGUGUGUCAAUUAUCUUCUUCUAAGCCACGUAUUGUUAUAUUCAGAUGUAAGCUUCGGCCUCUGGUUUUUUCUUUCUUCAUAUGGCAAAACUCUCACUCCUUGAAAUUUGAUAACAAAAUUCUUGUAUGUUGAGAACCUUUAACCUCUGUUUCAUGACCUAGUUGACAUACUCAUUAAAGGCAGGCCCUUCUCUGGAACUCUGUUGUAUCAUAAUUCAACUAUUCAAUGGAAACUAUUGAUCAUUUUU